GUCACUCCACUCAAAUCCGUUAAUAUACAACUAAUGGAAUGUUCCCGAGGAGUGACUUUUAUACAAAUUGGAGGAACGACAGUGAGCAUGUUUGGAUGGUUUAAGCUUUCAUUUUAUUGCCUUGUAAGUCACACCAUGUGUUCAUUCCGUUAGUUGGUAUCGAAGGAAUUUAGUGGAGUGACCAGCAGGAUAAUAAAUUGAAAGUUUAGUGCUGAUUUCAACAAAAAAUAAGAGUGAUUAAAAAUAGUGUAUAACCACUAGUUGAGUGCCCAAACAGGUUUUUAACCCAGUAAUAGUAUUCUCUUUGAUUUUCUAACAUUUACGUGUGCGUUGCAUUCAAGUUAUUUCACACUUGGUAUUUUGCAUUUUUAUAGGUACGAUAUGGUAAAUCAAGGUCUCGUUAAAGACCAAGUUUUUUUUAUUUUGGUUUAACCGCAAGCUAAUGACAAAAAUGGGGGUGAACUUGUUUUCGGUGGUAUUGAUUCUAAUCAUUUCAGGGGUGAACACACAUAUGUUCCCAUGACUCGGAAGGGCUAUUGGCAGUUUGAUAUGGGUGACAUACUAGUUGGCAACGAGAAAACAGGAUUUUAUUGUCGUGGUUGUUCAGCAAUUGCAGACUCUGGAACCUCAUUGUUGGCGGGACCAACAGUAUGUAUUCCACGUGACCUUUUAAACCUAUAUCAGGUUCAUUUGCAAUUCUUUUCUCCAGUGGUGCUUGACAGAUUUUUUAAUAAUCAUGUACUCUAUUAUAUGUCCAAUGAAAUAGACUUGUUGAUUAGAUUUUGGCAUGUACUUUAAUCACGCCUAUCUAAU